UCCGGGAGUCGGACAAGGAUGAACGCCAACUUCCAAGAUGGCGGCGGAGGGAGGAGGGAAGGAGACGAACGAAAUUAAAAGUCAGUUCACCACCAGGGAAGGCGUCUACAAACUCCUCACUCACUCCGAAUAUAGCCGCCCGAACCGGGUGCCUUUUAACUCGCAGGGCUCCAACCCCGUCAAGGUCUCCUUCGUCAACGUGAACGACCAGUCCGGCAACGGCGACAGGAUUUGUUUCAAUGUGGGCCGGGAACUAUACUUUUAUAUCUACAAAGGCGUCAGGAAGGCGGCUGAUCUCAGUAAACCUAUUGACAAGCGGAUAUAUAAAGGAACGCAGCCCACAUGUCAUGACUUCAAUCCACUCACUGCGACGGCGGAGAGUGUGUCCUUGUUGGUCGGCUUCUCAGCAGGCCAGGUGCAACUCAUAGAUCCCAUCAAGAAGGAAACCAGCAAGCUCUUCAAUGAAGAGAGACUCAUAGACAAGUCCAGAGUGACGUGCGUACGAUGGGUUCCUGGAUCCGAGAGUCUGUUUCUGGUGGCCCACUCCAGUGGCAGUAUGUACUUGUACAAUGUGGAGAACACGUGUGGCACCACUGCGCCGCACUACCAGCUCUUGAAGCAGGGGGAGAACUACGCUGUACAUACCUGCAAAAGCAAGUCAGCCCGGAACCCGUUGCUGAGAUGGACAGUCGGUGAGGGAGCUCUCAAUGAGUUUGCUUUCUCUCCGGAUGGCAAGUUUUUGGCGUGUGCAAGCCAGGACGGCUACCUGCGAGUUUUCGGCUUCGACGCGGCUGAGCUUCACGGAACAAUGAAGAGCUACUUUGGGGGGUUACUGUGCGUGUGCUGGAGCCCUGACGGGCGAUACAUUGUGGCCGGCGGGGAGGACGAUCUCGUGACGGUGUGGUCGUUUUCAGACUGCAGGGUGAUCGCGCGCGGCCACGGACACAAGUCGUGGGUGAGUGUGGUGGCGUUCGACCACUGUACCACCAGUGUGGAGGAUGGCGACCUCCCCGCUGAGUUUAGCGGGAGCGACGAGGAUUUCUUCGAGCAGAUUCACUUCAGCGCUGGUCGUGACCGAGCUAACAGCGCUCAGUCCCGUCUCUCAAAAAGGAACUCUACGGACAGCAGGCCUGUGAGCGUGACCUACCGCUUUGGCUCAGUGGGCCAAGACACCCAGCUGUGUUUGUGGGACCUGACUGAAGACAUACUCUUCCCCCACCUUCCUUUGUCCCGAACUCGGACUCAUACUAACGUCAUGAGUGCCACAAGUCCUCCAACCACUGGACAAACUACGACUACUUCGUUGACUAACACCACUAACACCAGCGGCACCAAUGGCAAAGACGUUUGCAAUAGCAGCUCCAGCGGCAACCCAGUGAACUCUCUGCAGGGCUCCUUGCCUCGGUCCAACAGCUUGCCACAAGCCUCCAAUCCAGCAGGAGGCAGCACCCCAAACAGUCACACAGGCAGCAGCGGCAGCAGCAGCGGCAGCAACAACAGCAGCAGCGCCGGCGCCGCCACCACAACAACCACAACCACCAAAGGCAACAGCAUCAUUGACAGCGCUUUAAUAGCCACAGGCGUCAGCAAGUUCGCCACCCUGUCAAUACACGACUCUCGCAAGGAGCGCCACGAGAAAGACCACAAGCGGAACCACAGCAUGGGCCACAUCAGCAGCAAGAGCAGUGACAAGCUCAACCAGUUGACCUCCUCAAGGACGACAAAAGCUGAUACAGCCAAGACUCUGGGCACGACGCUGUGCCCGCGCAUGGAGGACGUGCCUCUCCUGGAGCCCCUGGUGUGCAAGAAGAUCGCUCACGAGAGACUCACUGUGUUAAUCUUCCUGGAGGACUGUCUGGUAACAGCCUGUCAGGAGGGCUUCGUUUGCACAUGGGCUAGGCCUGGCAAAGUGGGAUUGCUCUCGUCUCAAAACAACCCGGCCAACUCCCCCAGUGGAACAGUAGUAUAGCCCAAGUGCAGGCGCUGCUAGUCACAGCUCCGUGCACCAGAGACGGGGAUGACCGAGCCACAGCCCUGCAGCUUCUUCGGUCACCGUCACACACAACACGAGCGCCAGUGUCGCCUCCAAUUUCCACUACCAACUACCCAGACGCUCUCUGUGAUACUGCGGCUGCUCAGAUCACCAGUAAAGGCAGAGUCAGGGUUAGAUCCUCGCCCCCACCCCCCCCCCCUUUUUUUUUUUUUUUUGCUCGGGUGGGAUUUAAAGGCUGCUAUUUGUCCUAAAGGUUUAUUGCAACUGUUGAUAUUUCCCUCUACAAUCAUAUCAAGUUCAACGGAUCAACUCUAGUGUCCAAUCCUUUGUGCCUGUAGGUUUUCAAUGACUAGAGCAGACCAACUAUUUUUGACUUUUUCUUAUUGAUUUCUUGCAUUCAUAAUAAAGGGAACGGGAGCCGUGGUCACAUGCUUCCGACAUAUACGUGUUUUUGGGGUGUCUCUUGCGCGGCCAGAAAACGCCGACACCUCUUCACUAGACUUGUUUUCUACUUCCUUACGAAAUAUAUCUCACUUGAUCGUGUAUUUGCACAAACCCUCCUCCCCCUCGCCCCCUAUUUCUUCAACAGUGGAACACAAGUGUAGUAUAAAGAGGAAGGUCUUGGAAAGCACUUGUCUGCAAUCUUAGAUUUUUUUAUUUGGUGAGGAGGAAACGUUUGCACUUAAUGGAGGAGAAUGGCUUUACAUUUUCAGGACUCCUCAACAAGGUUGAAAUAUAAAUCAUUGAGGAAGAUUUGUAUCUAAUGAACAUUUAUUUUAAUAUUGUUUGACGAUACGGACUGUAUUAUAUAUGUAAAUAUUGUACUUGAAUGAUUUAUGGAUGAAAUGACCGUUCUGACAUUAGCUCCUCAUUUCAGAAGAUAGAGAUAUUUCUAAUACAGAAACUAUAACUAAUAUUAAAAUGAAUCUUGAAUAUGCAGAUGUUUUUUUUGUUGUUGUUAUUGUUGUACAGAAAGAGAAUUCAGGUGUAUUUUUUAUUAAUGCAACGUUUGGUAUAGGAAAAGUCUUCUCUCAUAGGUAGAGCUGAACAGCCUGCCACCGCAGACUUCUUUACUACAGGCAGGAGGCAGCAGUGUAUUUCAGCCGUCACUCCGAGCUCAGGUAAACCACAGGAAGACUUAACGCUGGCAUACUUCCCCCCCUCACCCGCUAGCACUAGUCUCAUCUGUCAGUGUGUGUUUGAGUGUGUUUGUGUGCGCGCGCGUGUGUGUGAAGUGAACUAACAAUCAAGACUGACUACCAUGAAAUCUGUUAGUGUGAGUCGCAAUUAAUGCUGAACUUGUGAACAAACAUUUGACACUGUGUUGAUGAUGGUGUACGUGCCCGAGGUGAGGGAGGGGGAGAGGGGCCGUAGGAACCGCCUCCCCCAUGUGACGCCUAUUAAACUGCUUCGCCAGA